AUGUUCAAGAAUGAGAGUCGCGUCGUGGCAAAGAAGGCGGAGCAACGUUACGAAGAGCUUGCCAAAUCAAAAGAACCAAGAACGCCUUUGGGACGUGGAGAACCCAACAGGAUCAGAAGCGUGCAGCGGAUCUAUCCGGUGCAGAGUCCGCCCAAGGCUGAGAUUAUGGCCUUGCAACCCACGCCGAAUAUCGACGCCCAAGCGCAAGGCUUCUUCCUCACCAACUAUGCAGGCGCCGCCGAUUUCCCUCAAGGAGGCCAAUUCGAAUGGAUUCCCCAGCUGCUGUCACGGCCGAAUAUCGAGGGUACGCUUCGUGAGAGCUUCCGCGCCCUAAGUCUAGCAAUCUUCGCCAAUGCAGCGAAGUCCCCUGCCGUCAUGCGAAAAGCGCGUGUCGCAUACGGUUCUGCAUUAGAGGAAACAAACAGAGCGCUCAUGUCGCACGAAGCCGCGGUCAAAGAUAGCACUUUGGUUUCGGUCAUCCUACUUGGCAUGUACGAGGGCACGGUAUACACGGAUAAGAGCUCCAUCGAUAGGUGGUCAAAACACGUCAGCGGCGCUUAUACCCUCUUCAUGUUACGCGGCAAGUCGCAGUUCGAGACAGAACUCGGACGGCGAAUAUUCCAGCAGUCAUACGGCGUCGCUCUAUUCUUCACGCUUGAACUAGGGACGGGUAUUCCAAGUUAG